AUGAUGAAUCCCGGAGAGCUUUACUUUUCCUGCAAAAUGAAAGUCAACUUACUUAAAGGAAAUUCAAUGACAAGAAAAGAAAGAAGAAAAAAAGGGAAAAAACGAGAAGAGGCCACAGUAAGAAAGGGAGGAAUUGGCAGGCUGGGAGUCCUGCACUGCUGGGUGCAGGCUGCAUCCGCUCAGCUGCGGCUUCAGAUCCGGGCAUACCUGUUCUCCUGGUGGUCCAGGAAGCUCCCGCUUCUCCUGCACGUUUGUAAGUGCCUGCUCCCGCUUGCUGGCCUCUCCCUGUUCCUGGGGCCUGCUCUGAUUUGUGCCUGUACCGAAAAACAAAGUUGUGGCCAAGCCCGGGCACGGUUGCAACCCGUCUGGCUGUGCGUGCGUCGGGGUGGUGCUGACACACCAGCCCCCCGCCACCUCAUACCCCUCCGGACUUUGGGCACUAAUUACCACACAAGGGAGGCCACAGCACUCAGGGCGGCUUUGCACCGGACGGCAGGUGCCCUUUGGCAUGAGCAGCCUAGGUGCUAUGGGUGGCGUGUUGAUGACGGGAAGCUUUCCACCUUGCUAACCCUCCAGUCGUUCGUGUACCUCAUCCUCACUGGAACCGGAACAAGAAUUUGGGACUCACCGAAGGGUGGGACUGAAAGAGCUGUAACACAAACGAUGCGGAAACACACCCCCUGCUUCCCACUGUGUGGACGGGGAGAAAGAGAAGGAGAGGAGAAGAGCUGCCGUCCUUCUGGGAGUGCAGACCCAGGGACUCUCAGAGCCAGGCCUAUGACACCCUCUUUGAAGUUCUGCGGAUCCUGGUGUCUCCGAAGCUCUUGGGCGCCACCAUGUUCCCCUCAUGCAGAUGCUAGUGCCCUCAGUGGAAGCCACUUGCGAACAUUUUAUGGGAGAUAUCCUCAAAUUGCUCAUCAUCACUUACCUACUGCACUCUACGCCAUGCAAGAAGUGCCUUUCACCUCCUGCCAUGAUUCUGAGGCCUUUCCAGUGACAGGAAGUCCUUUCUCCUCUCUCAACAUGACUGCCAUCAGGAAAAUUGGGACAGUGAGAGAAGAAUUAGAGAGAGAUGGAGUUAAAGUUUUGUCUCAGCUUGAUAUCACAAGGCCACCCUGACUGUGGAUGAUUCUGCCUCCAAAGAAGCAUGAAGUAAAGAUUACCAGAAGAAAAAGUUCCUUAUGUCAUCACUUCCUUGCUCUCACAGACUGUUAAGUGAUGGAGAAAAGUAAAGAUUCACAUUUCAGUGCCUAUUUGUAUUUUUGUACUACUGAGUUUGGAAACUAGUGGAGGUGAUCUGUAAAAACAAGGGUACAUCACCUUUUAAAAAUAUCUUCAUAUAACAGAGAAAAGUUAAAAUCAUUUGUGUAACAAAAUAAAAAAAUAAACAUAGAGCAGAUACCUGAGAACUGGGUCUUAGAAGAGAGACAAAGAAAGAGAAAAGAAUGGUUGUACAUGAUGGCUGAGGAAUGGCAUUUUUUAGCACAAUUGCCCAUUUGUUGCUCAUUUAUUUUAUUUCUGUGAUGCUAAGUGUUUUGUCACUCCAAAUCUGCCACACCUACCCCUAUCUCAUAUGAAUGAUGUGUGUUUGUUUGAAAAACCAAGAAAAGGGUUGGGAGUCCACAUUUGUCUCAAUGUGAAGAAAACUGAAGCCAUGCAAAAACUUGAGGGGGAAAGGUAAAUCUAACAAUGAGAGGAAGGACUUGCCAAAUUGUUCAUAAACAUGUUAUCUUCUGCCAUAAAAUAAUCUAGUCUAACUCUCAAGGGCAGAGUAAACCUAUAUGAUCCCACUUAAAGUAGAAAGUAUUUCAAUUGUUAAUAGGUCUGUCAUUCUCUCAUAAUGUUCAGUUGCGUUGUAACUAUUCUUAAUAGUUAACUUUCUACAUAAUAUAACUACAAUUGCAGUGUCCUAUUGACUUAUUUCUGCAGGCCAAAUUCUAAAAUUAUAUUUAUAUAUAUAUUUGGUGAAAUGUUUCUGUAGCUGGUUAAUAUUAAAUUACUAAUACUCGAGUGUAGAGUAGUGAAGUCUUACCUGAGGUUAUGUUCAUCCCAGGGGUGACCAAAUCCCAUGACCACUGAAGACAGGACUUAAAGGCCUGGCUACCUCUCCAACUCAGGAUAUAGCUGAAGCGUCAUUCUAGUGUCAGUGCUCCCCCAGGGUUGGCCAAGGCUGUUGUUGGGUCUGCAUUACAGCUCAACUUCCCCCACCUACUCUUCCUCCUCCCCCUGCGUUCUACAGAUCUUGAUCUUAAGUAUAUGCCUUAAUAAAUCCCCUUUAUGCUAAACUCCAUUUCAGAGAAUUCCUCCCAGGAACCCAAACUGAGAGAAAUGGGAACUUCUACUGUCUCUGACUAAUAAAUCAUCAAAUACAGUUUAUUGACUGUAACUACAUGAAGGUGGUACAUAAUUUUAAGAAGGAAGAGUUAGAGACCAAAGGGAAAAAAGUCAUUCUCAGUAGAAAACAAAACAAGGAAAUAAUAGUGUAAUCAUAUAGCUUAUGCAGUAAGAAAUUAGUCUCAGUGAUGACCAGUAUUUAAGGAUCAGUAUAUAAAAGGGCAAUACUUACCUUUUGCCUAUUUACACUCCAAAAUUUUCUAUAUAAUUGUUGAAUAGUAUUCACCAUAUUUAGAUGGUUCUAACCAUAUCUGAAAACAUUAUUUAACUGUCUAAGUUAUACAUCCAAGAAAAGUGUUGCAAUUCUUAUUAUAGGAUGAAAACUAUUUGCAGUUUACUAUACACCAAAUAAGCAGAAGUAAAUGCAACAAAUACAAAUGUUGUACUAUCAUUUGUAGUUGCUUCUCAGUUGUCCUAUCAUUUUGCACUUCCUGUUUCUUAAGGAACUGGUGACCUCGCUUAACAAUGUAUUCCCCCCAGUUUGCAUUCUAUUUUAGGGGCUCUGCUGAUUAAUUUAUUUGGGUUCCUUACUGCAUUUACAUGCUCCAUUCUUACAUUUACACAAUAGUUAUAAUAAGUUUCUCAAAUUAGUGCUGUCAAUUUUUUUUAAUUUAACAUACUGCUUAAGACAAGUCUAACAAUUUAUUUUUUACAGUCUAACAAUUGAGUUCAAGUAACAGAUAGUGGAAGGCUCACUACCUCAAAUGUGACUAUUCAACCACAUUGAGCCUCUGUUUUAGUUGUAAACUCAAGCAGUCUCUCUUCUGCAGCAGCUCUCUUUUCCCUCGUCAGUCUACAGCCCAUCUGUGUUUCUGUUUGGCUGUGUGGCUGCAAUGGAAAAUGGUUUAACUCCCACUUGUCAGGACUCCCUUCUGGCCUUAUAAAAGCACUUUACUCAUUGGGCUGGGUCAAGAUAUUUCCUGAAUAAAAAUAUUAAAUACUGUCCUCCUCCCACAAUGUGUUAUAUAGCCUAUGCGAAAGGUAGAUGUAGCUUAGACGAAUUACUCAACUGUCAAUGACUAUAGUGGACAUUUACAAGAAUGUGAAUGCUUUCUGUAAUAAACUGUCCAAAUAUAGUGGAUUAUCUUAUCACAUUUAGCAUAUUUAUUUUUCUUAAAAUAAACUAUUAAUUUGUUUUUAGAUUAAUGGCAGUAUGUAUCUCAUAGACAUUUAUAGAAUGUU